AUGCGCAGGGGUUUAGGACUGACGGAACCUCCGGAGGUCACGCAAUGGCGGAGUUUUGCAGAUAUUUACUUGAUGGAAAAUCAGUUGACUAAGUUACCCGAGGAUCCUCGGUGUCCUGUACUCUUGAUAUUGUUUCUGAAUAGAAAUUACAAGCUUGGAACUAUCAGUCCGUCUUUCUUUGAUCACAUGCCUGCUCUUGAAAUCCUGAAUUUAUCCAGAACUCGGAUCAAGUCCUUGCCAGAGUCUCUGUUCAGGUUAAGCCCCCUGAAAAGACUGUUCUUAAAUCACUGUGAGUUAUUGAUGGUGUUACCUUCAAAAAUUGGAGAACUUCAGCAGCUUGAGGUACUUGAUCUUGAAGGUACUGAGAUCAUGGAUCUGCCAAAGGAGGUGGCAAAGCUAACAAAGCUCACUUGCUUAGAAGUAUCUUUUUGCCGACGCAUAAAUCAGGGCACAAAAUCUGUGAGAGCAAAUGCGUUGAUUCCUCAAGGCACUAUUUCCGCGUUAUCUCAGUUAGAAGAAUUAAGUAUUGAUGUAAAUCCAGAGGAUGAGAGGUGGGAGAGUGUUGUGGAAGCUAUUGUUGAUGACGUUUGUGGCUUGAUAAGUCUGGAUACACUUAAAUUGUACCUUCAGCGAGUGGAAUAUCUGAGGAAAUUCAAAUGGUUUGGUACAUACAAGCUAUCUGAUUUUGGGAUUGAGAACAUGGAGCAACUGAAAUGCUGCAUAAUUGGGGAGUGUAAUGAGAUUCGGGUUAUUAUUGAUGGAACUGACAUGUACGAUGAAGCUGAUAGAAGUGGAAUUGUAUCAGAAAUAUUGGAGGAUGACACGAGACUUCUCAAGUCACUUGAAUAUCUCUAUGUAUAUCCACAAGGUAUUCCAAAUGAUGCAAGCAGAGAGCAGCCUGCUCCUCCUGUGGUUUUGUCCACAACCACUGUUAAUGUAGACCGUUCAACUUCCAAACUCAAAAGGGCACCUAAAGUUGCUCCUCGGCCGUGGAAAUUCAAAUUUAAUGAUCUUAAGUUAGCUGCUAGAAACUUUAGUGCUGCAAGUCCUCUUGGUAAAGCUGGUUUUGGCUGUGCGCGUGGAUUUACAAAUGAGGUAUCUAUAGUCGCUCCUCGGCUGCGGGAAUUUUCAUUAAAGGAUCUUAAGUUAGCUACAAGAAACUUUAGUCCCGAGGGUCUGCUCGGUCAAGGCGGUUUUGGCCGUGUCUUUAGGGGUUGGAUUAAAGGAAAUGGGAUUGUUCCUCCGGAGCUUGGCACUGGGCUGACUGUUGCUGUUAAGAUUCUCAAUAGUGGGCAGCGGACUCACGAACAAUGGCUGGCUGAAGUGAGUAUUCUUGGUCAUCUAGUGCAUCGAAAUUUAGUACAUUUAAUUGGAUAUUGCGUGGAAGGCAACCAAAGGCUGCUGAUAUAUGAGUAUAUGCAACGAGGGAGCUUGAACAAUCACCUCUUGGAAACGGAAUUGCCUCUCACUUGGCGUAACAAGACGAAAAUAGCACUGCAAGCUGCAGAGAUUCUUGCUUUUCUUCAUGGGAAGGCAGAACCGCCAGUGAUAUUUCGUAAUUUUAAACCUUCCAAGAUCCUAUUAGAUGAUGACUACAAUGUCAAGCUUACUGGUUUUGGACUUGCAACUGUUCUCGAGGGAGAUGACUCUCACUCCGGCACUGUCGUACGAACACUUGGCUAUAUUGACCAGGAAUACUUAAUGCGUGGUCACGUUACAGUAAAGAGUGGUGUCUAUGGUUUUGGUAUGGUUCUUUCGGAAAUCCUGACCGGAAGAAAACCGUUUGACCUUAUUGGUCGUGGACGUUCCUCUGUCAUGUACUUUUGGUCACAUAGGGAAGAUGAAAGAAUUUUGCCCGAAUUGAUGGAUCCAAGGCUCACAAGUGAGUACUCAAAAAAAGGUGCCCAGAUUUCUUUGCAGUUGGCUGUUGGCUGCCUUGAACUAGAUCCAGAUGCUCGUCCCUGGAUGAGUGAAGUUGUCGAAGUUUUGAAGACUAUCCAAUAUCUUCCAUACAUGCCAAGUACAUCAGAUAUUGAGGACAAGACAGGGAAGCGCUAG